GCGUAAUCAGAACCUCGCCAGAGCACGUGAUCCCGAAGGUCGCCCAGGACACGUGAUCCCAAAGGUCGCCCAGGGCAGCGGAGGAAGAUGGCGCUCUGGGGCCGGUGUGCUGUGGCUGCGCGCAGGCUGUGGGGCCUGGGAGGUGGUGGAAAGCUCCCACCUCUGGUCAAUGCAUCAGCAAUCUCUGGGAGCCCAAGAAGUUCUGGGAAGUUCUCCUUGCAGGAUGUGGCUGGACUGAUUCGCUCUGGAGCCUGCCAGCGUGUGGUGGUCAUGGUGGGCGCUGGCAUCAGCACCCCCAGUGGCAUCCCCGAUUUCAGGUCUUCAGGCAGCGGCCUCUACAGUAACCUCCAGAAGUACAACCUGCCCUACCCUGAGGCCAUUUUUGAACUCGAGUUCUUCUUUCAUAACCCCAAGCCCUUCUUCAUGUUGGCCAAGGAGCUGUACCCAGGGAAGUACAGGCCCAAUGUCGCCCACUACUUCCUCCGCCUGCUGCAUGACAAGGGGCUGCUUCUGCGGCUGUACACGCAGAACAUUGACGGGCUUGAGAGGGCUUCCGGCAUCCCAUCCUCUAAGCUGGUGGAAGCCCAUGGGACAUUCGCCUCUGCCACAUGCACUGUGUGUCGGCGCAGCUUCCCCGGUGAGAACUUCAGGGUUGACGUGAUGGCAGGCAGGGUCCCCUGCUGCCCGGUCUGCACAGGCGUGGUGAAGCCUGACAUUGUGUUCUUCGGGGAGCCGCUGCCCCACAGGUUCUUCUUGCAUGUGGUGGACUUUCCCAUGGCGGACCUGCUGCUCAUCCUGGGGACCUCACUGGAGGUGGAGCCAUUUGCUAGCCUGUCUGAGGCUGUACGGAACUCGGUGCCCCGAGUGCUCAUCAACUGGAGCCUGGUGGGGUCCUUGGCCUCUCAUCCACGCAGCAGGGAUGUGGCCCAGCUUGGGGACGUGGUGCAUGGUGUGGAGGAGCUGGUGGAUCUUCUGGGUUGGACACAGGACAUGCGGGACCUUGUGCAGCAGGAAACAAGAAAGCUGGAUGGAUUGGACAAAUAGGACGUGGGCGACUCACAGGAAGCCGUGAGGACUGGAGCAGACAUUGGCCAGACAAGCGCAUGUGGUCCCUUCUGCUGAGUCGCCUGGAGCUCUGUGCUGACCACCAGUGUGGGAGCUUCGUCCUGGUGGUAGAUAGAGCUGAGCCAGGGACCGAGUGGCUCUUGGUCCUAGGGGUCUGGAUCUCCUUAUUGGCCUCCCUGUAAGUUACAUGCUUUGUGAAUCAGACAGUAAAC